AUGGGAGACUUGCUUUCUAGUAGAUUUAGUGUUGGCAGAACAUUUCUUAACGUUGGACUUGAUUUUAGUGGACCAUUCAUUAGAAAACCUAACCUGGCACGCAGCAGAGUAAGAAUUAAAUCGUACAUUGGUCUUUUUAUUUGCUUUGCCACUAAAGCAAUUCAUCUCGAGGUUGUUUCAGACUUACCAACAGAUGCCUUUCUAGCGGCUUUAAGACGGUUUAUCUCUAGACGUGGAAGGCCGGUAAAUCUGUAUUCUGAUAACGCAACGAAUUUUCGAGGAGCAGCAACCCACAUAAAAUACCAAUCAGUGCUUCUCAAUUCUGCUAAAAUUCAAAACUUUGAAGCUCAAGAAUCUAUUGUAUGGCAUUUUAUCCCACCUUCAGCUCCACAUUUCGGAGGACUGUGGGAGACUGGAAUCAAAUCUGCGAAGCAACAUUUAUUCGAAGUUUUCAAGUCAGCUCUCUUAACUUUUGAGGAACCUACCACUCUAGUAAUACAGAUUGAAGCAUGUCUAAAUUCUAGGCCACUGCCUCCUCUUCUUCAGAUCCUCAGGAUUUCGAACCGCUUACUCCAGGACACUUUUUAA